UGCAAUGCUUUCUGUGUUGCUGCGCGAACUGGUACGCACCUUUAAACUAAUUGAGCGUAUAAAAAGAGAGUACAUUUUUUCUUGAUCCCAGCUGGGUGCGUUCCUACGAAUUGAUACCCUGUACUUUCUUUACUAUUUAUAAGUGGACAAUCUUCUUCUUAACUAAUCAGCUCAGAUAUGCAUGUUCAAUUAGCAGCCAUUGGAUUAUUUAGUAUAAACAAGUCUGCCUCUUAAGACUCACUGAGAAUUUCCCUGCAUAUCCCACCUAAUUGCUCAGAUAAUAGUCUAAUUAGCCGAUCACUUCUAAGGCCAAGUUGAUGGAGUGGGAACCGCAGCAGUCGAGAGCAGCUCAAUCAAGAUCGUGACCAUGCCCAAUGCACGUAAGCGGAAACUUCCCGCUUCUCCAGCCUUCCAAUCACACCCGUUAGAGAUCUCUCCGAGCUCGUAAAAAGAGAUAUAGCGUAUGGCGUUGCGCUGAUUACAAGCGUCGGAGCUAAAUCUCUAUACUCGGGAGCUAACCCUGCUGAGCCCUCGGAAGAAUGCACAAUUAUUUUAAUAGCUGACCGAGCGAAGCUCUCCACACACCGCCAGACAUCGUUAGUCCAAGCACUAUCGCUCGGUUAUUGUAAAAAUCGCGAUUAGAUUUUAACCGACAGUCGAAGCGGGAUGGAGUCUUGGCUGAAGGUAUCGUGUGUGCUCUGCAUUUUUGGAUUUCUGCGGGAAUUGCGACCUUCGGAGCCCUAUCACGCGGAGAUCCUGAUGGGCGAGUGGUACCACGUCACCCAGGACGAGGUCAAUCGCUCCGUCUAUCCAGUGGGCACCUACUCCUACCUGGCGCUCCUUAUAUUCGUCUUUCUGAUAACCGACUUGCUGAGAUAUAAGCCCGUGAUCAUUGCCAACGCCCUGACCGGUAUCUUCAUUUGGGGCACACUGAUCUGGACCACCACUCUGUCGGGGUUGCAGGCAGUGGAAGUAUUAUAUGGCUUCUACCAAGCGGCCGAGGUGGCCUACUACUCGUACAUCUACGCCCAAGUGGACAAGCAGUACUACCCCAGGGUCACCUCACACACCCGAGCGGCAAUGUUCGUGGGCAAACUGGUGGCUGGAAUUUUGGCGCAGCUAGUCAUUGGCAUGGACUGGAUGAACUACAAGCAACUAUUCUACAUCACGGUCAGCUCUCAGGUCGUGGCGCUGCUGUGGGCCUUUUUCCUGCCCAAGGUGGACAAAAGCUUGUACUUCCACAAUCGAACGGAAACUAUUAAGGAUGUUAUCAGUCCCGAUACCGGUGGGCUUGAGAAGGGUCCUGAGCACGUUAAACCAGAGGUCACGGAUGCCAAGGUGACACCUAUCCCAAGUAAGGGUGUCCAUGCCUUGCAGCUCCUAAGGUCGCAUUUCCACAGCGCCUAUACAAAUUCCUUGGUGGUGCAGUGGAGCCUGUGGUACGCCAUGAGUCUGGCAGGAUUUCUCCAGGUUACCACCUACAUGCAGGUGGUAUGGAAAUCCUUCGAAAACGAGCCAACAAUUAUUUGGAACGGGGCUGUCGACGCAGCUCUGACCCUGCUAAGCGCAGUCUUUGCUCUUCUGGCCGGGUAUUUCCAUGCCGGACGUCUGAGCUCCAGCACCAGCAUGCUCUCGAUGGCCCUGCUGUCCAUCCUGGAGGGAGGAUGCGUGCUUCUGGCUUGCUGGACCUCCAACAUAUACCUAUCCUACUUGGGCUAUGUGCUGUACGGCGCCUUGUUCGCAUUUACCAUAACGGUGGCCAGUUCUGAGUUGGCCAGCAGUUUGCUGGAGGACAGCUUCGCCUUGGUGUUCGGGUUCAACACCUUUGUGGCUCUCAUCCUGCAGGUCAUCAUGACGUUUGUGGUCGUGUCGGAGAAUGCCAAUCUGAAUCUCGAUGUCUUCCAACAAUUUACUGUUUACGCCUUUUAUUUUAUAGUCAUUGGAGUCCUUUAUUUUGUUGCAUUUCUUCUGAAAUAUGUAUUGUCAUGCUUCACAAAAUCGAAGCAAAUUAUUGAGGAAGUAAACUAGUAAAAUGUUCAGAGAAAACUUAAAUUAGUUUUCCGAUGUAAAUAAUAACAUAUAUAGUAUGUAUGUAUAUUUUAAGAAAAUAAAUAAUUUACAUCAGUCCUUGACAAAAA